CAACGCUCUCCAUGCCCCGCAACCAGAGGCGUAGAGUGCACAAACUGGACGACCACGGCGCCCCAGAGCCCUCACCAUAAUGCCUAAGGAAAACCUCGCCGCAUACCUGGCCAAGAACUACCUCACCGCCGCCACGUCGCAGUCUGCUUCCCCGUCGGACACUGUCUCCUCAGAUUUCCAAGAUUCGACUCGCCCAAAGAAAAAGCGGCGAAAGAACAAGGAUGAUUCCUUUGAAGGUGGCCUCGUGAUCGCCGACGACGAUGAAGCCAUUUCACUUCGAGGCGGCGCUUCACGAGGAAAGCGAGGAGAAGAGGACGAGGAUGGAGAUAUACCAAUGUUCGAAGCAGGCGUAAAAUCCGCAGAGUUCAGGAAAAAGAAAGGUGGGGGGGACUGGAAAGUUAUAGCGACUGCAACGCCAACAAUGACCCAGACAUCAGACAACAGAGAUGAGGACAAGGAAGCGGAUCGAAUCCUCGCUGAAGCGGCGGAAGAGUCUCGACUGCGACGCCAGGAGAUUGAAGAUGAAGACGCUCCUGCGAUCGUCGAAGAAGACGACAGCGGACCACGCAUGCAGUCUGGCGUUCGUGCGGGUCUCCAGACUGCUGCAGACACAGCGGCCUUAGUCGCCAAGGAAGAGCGUGAGAAGCAGAGAGAACUUGAAUCAGUAAGGUCCAGGACCAAGUCGAAGAAACACAAGGACCAGCCACUUGAGGAAGAAACCAUCUACCGUGACGCCACUGGCAGGCGCAUCGACAUUAGCCUCAAGCGAGCAGAGGCCCGAGCUGCUGCACAGGAGAAGGUGCGGGCCGAAAGGAAAGCGAGGGAGGACGCAAUGGGCGACGUGCAGCGGCGUGAGCGGGAGGAACGCAGGAAAGAAUUAGAGGAAGCAAAGUUCUUGACUCUAGGCAGAGGCGUGGAUGAUGAAGCGAUGAAUGACGAGCUUCGUGCGAAAGUAAGGUGGGAUGACCCUAUGGCUGGGUACAUCGCUCAACAAAAAGCGGAGGCGGCAACCGACGGUGCAAUAUCAACGCGAACGUCCAAGGGAGACACAGGUGGAAGAGCAGGAGUGAGGAAGAAGGUGUAUACGGGUCCUCCGGCCGCCCCGAAUCGAUAUGGAAUCCUCCCUGGCUGGCGGUGGGACGGAGUCGACCGGAGUAAUGGCUUUGAAAAAGAAUGGUUCCAAGCACGCUCGAAGAGAGGGAGAGAGGAGGAAUUGAGGUUUCAGUGGCAGAUGGAUGAGUGAUCUCCUGUGGCUCUAUUGAGACGGAGGAAUUGACGAGGGAGUGAAAGCUUCGAAGGCUUUUCCUGGCGUUCACCGUCAUCAUUUCCCCUUCCGAGAGCCGUUCUACCCUGGAUCUUAUCCAGUUCAAUAGACUCGUGCGUCUAGGUACUACUAGCUAAUAAGGUACUUAGGAACUCGGACCAACUAGAAGGUGCCAUUAAUUCCUUGGCAGUUUGGUCUUAGCUAACCAUUCUAGGAGCUCAUUAAACUGAAGUUCCCA